GCUCUGGCGGAGGGGCAAGUGCGCGCCCACUUGUCACCGCCGCGCCCGCUGCGGAGCGCAGCAGCUUCCCCCCGGGCCCGAGGCAAAGGAGUGGGCACGGGCUGCCGGGGCAGAAGCAGUUCCAGGCUCCCGGGCUUGCUCCGAUCACCCCCGAGGAGGCCACCCCCGGCCGGGGCCCGGCGCCCGAGAGGCGUCUCCGUUGCAGAGCAAGCAGGGCUGGCAGCGGCGCCACCGCCUCUCGGGCAACCAGGAGCAAGUGCGAAGGGAGGCGGAGCGGAGCCAGAGCCAGGCGCCCCAGGGCCCUGCCCUCCGCUUGUCUCGACCCGGGCCGGGACUUGCACUUGAAAGCCGUGCCCCCGCGAAAAGGGGCUUUACUACUUGCUUCCAAGCCCCUGCAGGCAGAGAGAAUGGGGCUGGGCUGUUCUCCGCGGGGCAGACGACGGAACAAGAAGCAACGGGCUCAAGCCGCAACAAGGGGAGUUUAGGUUGGAUCUUAGGAAAAACUCUCUCACCAGGAGGGUGGUGAAGCACUGGAACAGGCUACCCGGAGAAGGUGGGAUCUCCAUCCUUGGAAGUGUGUAAGGCCCAUUGGCUGGGAGGAUCUAAGCUGGGGAUGCUCCUGCUUGGAUCAAGGGGCUGCGCUGGAUGAUCCCCGAGGUCCCUUCCACCCCUCGCUUUCUGUGACUCCAAAGGCUUCAGGCGGCUGCGAGGGGCCACCCAAAGCCUUCCAGUGCCCACGCGGCUGCCCGGCUUCCCCUUGCCCCCUCCCUCCCCUGCCAGCUAGGGGAAGGCCCCGGGGGCGCUCAGCUCUGCUUCGGAGCAGCCUUUUCCCCAGGCCGGGGGCAGGCCCGGUGCCCAGCCUGGACGCGGCGCUGUUUCUUUUCCGAAAUGCCACCAAGCGCAUCCCAAGGCCCGUCGCAUCCCGCAGGUGCCCAGCGCGUCCCCCGGGGCGCGGAGCUCGAAGCUCCCCCGCCCCCCAGCGCCGAGCACCCCACUUCUUUGUGACGCAGCCCCGCCCCGCCGCGCCUCGCCCAAUGGGGCUGCCGGGCGCGGCCCCGCCCCCGCCGGGGGGCAUAAAAGGCGGGAGGGCGGCGUGGUCGCUCGCAGUGGUGGCUGCGGCAAGCGCAGCAUGGACGGGUCUCUCGCCUCGCUGCUGCUCGACAAGCUGCUGCUCCUGGCCAACCUCAAGCUGUGGCAGGCGGGCGCGGAGGGCAGCGAGGCGCGGCCCGAGGCCCUGCGGCGGGGCGACCUGCUGGAGGUGCCCCGCACUCUCUUCACGCACUACGGUAUCUACCUGGGCGACAACCGCGUGGCGCACCUGAUGCCGGACAUCCUGCCCGCCCUCACCGCCGACCCACGGCACCUGGGCCGGGCCGUCACCAACGCGCGCCUGCUGCUGGGCGUCCUGGCCAAGGUGGCCAGCAUCCGCGUGGACACGGUGCGGGACUUCGCCUACGGCGCCAGCAUCCACGUCAACAGCCUGGACGCGCUGCUCAAGAGCCCGGCGCUGGGCGCCGAGGAGGUGGCGGGCCGGGCGGAGCGGCUGCUGGGCGCCUGGCCCUACAGCCUGCUCUGGAACAACUGCGAGCACUUCGUCACCCACUGCCGCUACGGCGCGGCCGCCAGCCUGCAGACCGACAAGCUCUGCGAAACACUGAAGAUGAUCAUUCGGGACCAGAGGAGCAUUCUUGUUUCGGUGCUCUUGGGACUGGCAUCUAUCAUGUGCCUAGGUCUGGCACCAUCUACCACCCUGCCCACUAUCUUUAUUCCAUUUAUCUUGUGGAUGGCUGGCUAACAGAACCAACCAGCACCUGUACAUGGAACAUAUAGUAUUAAUUUGUAUUUAUAAAAGCACACAUUACUUAUCAGCGUUGUGUAAAGAGAAAAAUGUAACAUAACCUUGCGUAAUGUUUUAAAAUUCAUCCUUAUCCAGAACACAAUGCACAAGAAUAGCUUACUGUGUAAGCCAAAUAAGCAGAUUUCCUGAAAAUCUCACUGGAAGGUAAACUUAAAACCCCUUUUAAAGCCAUGAAAGAGCAGGGACAUGAUAGUUUUGCUCUCUGCUUUCAGUUGUAAAGGUUCUUGUGAAUGUAUUGUAUAUACAUUUUAAACUAUUUACUCAAGUUUUAUCAUGAUAGUAAAGAUCAGAGUUUCAUUCUGAAACUGGAUGGAAUCACUAGAAGUGAAGAUAGCUGAAAAUAAGCUAUUUUAAUUUCACUUCUUUAAGUAAAUCUGUAUUUGGGGAAAUUGUUAUUACAAACUUAAAUUGUACUAAUUUUUAGCAAUGUUGCUUUUUUUUAAAUUUGUCUUCGUAAUAAACUAAAUUUUAUUCUGUGAUAGUAAA